UGCACCCGACUGCUCCCAGCACGUGAGGGUGCUGUGUCCUACCAGCUGGUGGUGGUCCUCUGGCCCAGCUGUCGUGCCCACAGUGACGUCGGGUGCACCUGUGCGCCCACCAGCACCUCCUGCAGGGUGCCCUGCUCUGUGACCAUGGAAACUUGAAAGUGAAGAAGCCACACCUUCCAGAGGCCAGGCAUGGAUGGGAGCUCAGUCGUCCUGGGGGCAGCGGCAUUUGUGACUCUGAAGAGGCCCCGGGGGCAGUAUGCAGUGCCUGGGCCCUCAUACCACGGGACCACAGGGCUGACCCUCGCAGGCCAUUGACGCUGGGUGAGCAGGGUGGCCGGUGCUCUGUGUGGCAUGGGUGAGCAUUCUCAGGUCCUUCCUGGGCCCUGGUGGAAGUGGGAGCAAAGCCAUUGCCUCUGGACAGAGCAUGAAGAAGCCACAGUAGCUGACUCACAGGAAGAGUUUGUGAACAGGGCUCAGACGAGGGGCAGAGCCUGGGCUGCACCCUCCGUGCUGGCUAGGAAGCAGACUCCACGCUUGUCUGCACAGCUGCAUCUGCCGUCCUGUCCCUGGAUGCCACCAAGUGCACUGUUCCAGUGGCUGCCUGCAGGCUCUGCUCCCCACCCCCAACUCUGGGAGGACGCCCUUGCUUCAGGGAGGCUGGGAAAGGCAGCAUCUGCAGUCCCAAGCUCAGUGGGGCUGUGUACCGCACCCAGCUUCCACUGGGGCUCCAGAGGCGAGGCCAGGAUUCCCUUAACAGGACAGACACUUCCCACAGCCGGGUCCCCAGGGUACAGCCUUGGAGAGCUUGGGCUCAGGAACAACGUGGCUCCUGACAGCAGGUUGCUGCGGAGUCAGGUGUCCUCCCACCAUCCGAUCUCUGAACACCUUGCUUCACAUCCACUGUGAGUGGACGAGCCCUCGCCACAUGCUGGGGCCCUGUCUUAAACUUUGCAGCCCCAGGACCAUGAGCCAAAUAAGCCUCGUGUCUUUCAGGUUACCCAGUCUCAGGCGUUCUGUUACAGCAGCACAAAGCAGCCUGCAUCGAGGUGACACAGCUGUGCCCUCGUGGUGCGGCAGGCGUGGGCGGCCGUCCCUCCCGGCUCUUAGCGCUCUGAAGCAGUUUCUGGGUGGAGGUCAGGUGCAGCCCACAGGCAGUGCUGAGCUGCGGGAGGCAGCCACCCUGCCUGGCUUCCUGGUGGCCUGGCCCUUGUUCCUGCACCCUGAGGUCCCCGAGACUGGCUGUCCCUCUGGGCAGCAUUGUUGGUCCACAGGGUCCCAGCGGAGAGGGGCACUGGGCAGCAGCCACCACGUGGCUUCAGUCUUAGUGAGUGUGCAAUGAGGGGACAUCUUAAAGAGGCCUAUGGGUGACCUACAGGCCGAGAGGCUCCCCUCGGGUCAGGAGAUGGGAGUGGGCUGGAGAGUCCAGGGCUCCUCCCACUGCCCCUUGGGCUGCACAGAUACGGGGCCACCCUGGUCAGCUGAUCCUGCAGGACUUAGAGGGCCCUGGUGGUGGCUGGAGCUGUCCAGGUAGGUCAUGUGUGGCCUCCCAGGAUUCCGGCAGCCUCUGCUCUUGCUGGCAGCCCGUGGGCGCCUCCACCCUCUUUUGUGGGUGCACCACCUUUGGGUGUCCCCAAGCCCGCAUGCCAUGGCACAGAGCAGCCACAGUGGGGGGAGCAGGGGCUGGGGCCUUCCCUGAGCUCAGCUUCUCUCUGGUCCCUGGAUGCUUCCUUUGUGGUCACACAGUGACUGCUGCUGUGGCAGCCAUCUCAUGUUGAGGCCAGAGGAGGGGCAGAGGGGAACAGGCUGCCACGCAUGUGUCUGGCAGGACACAAGAGCUUUCCAGGGAGGCCCCACAGACAUGGCCGUGUCUCAGCCUGGGGAGCGGCUGGGGGUGCAGCUCCAGCUCUCCCUGUGCAGGCGGGGAACAGCUACUGGUCCCCCCUACCCUGCUCCCCGGUUGAUGUGGGCAGAACCUGGGUAGGGGAGGGGGAGGUAGCUGGGAGCAGAGGGCAGCAGUGACAGGGACCACUUGCAGAUUGUGGGGCGUGACGGCCAGCAGCUGUGCAUCACUGGCCAGGGCCCUGCAAGCCUGUGCUUGUCUGAGCCAGGAAGCAGGAGGGUGGUGGGACCUGCUGUGUGGGAGGUGGCAUCCUCUGGGCUUGGCUUGGGCCACACUUCCAACCUCUGUCCAGCCCCUCCCACCCUUUGGUGGUUCUGGGGCCUGCAGAAUCCAAGAUCCGCUCACCCCGUGGUGCCCUCAGGGCUUUGUUGCAGGUGGGGAAACUGAGGCAGAUGCCCAGUCACCCAGAACUACCCUAGGUCCUCUGAGUGUGGCUGAGCCUCCCCCACCAUCUGUUAACCUUGGGCACUUGUCAACUUUUAGGUAGGUGCCUGACCCCUCCCGAGCUCACAGCCUCCUGUUCUGAAUCGGGAGGCAGAGGAGGGGCAAAGGGGUCUCCUCCAAGACCUCAGUCUGGGUAGGGAGUGCACGUGUGCAUGGGCUGCAGGUGUGGGGGUGUGCAGGUUCGGAUGGGGUGCAGGUGUGGGGGUGCGCAGGUGUGUAUGGGGUGCAGGUGUGUGUGCAGGUGUGUAUGGGGUGCAGGUGUGUGUGCAGGUGUGUAUGGGGUGCGGGUGUGGGGGUGUGCAGGUGUGUAUGGGGGUGAAGCUAUGGGGUAUAUGCAGGUGCGUAUGAAGGUGCAUGUAUGGGGGUGUGCAGAUCUGUAUGAGGUCCAGGUAUGGGGUGUGUGAGUGUGUAUGGGGUGCAGGUGGGUGUGUGGGUGUGUGAGUGCAUGAUGUGUUUGGUGUGAGGGGUCAGGGUGUGGGUGUGCUGUGGUUUUUGUCUCCACCAAAAUUUAAGCGUCAUAACCGAAUGGCCAGUGUGAUGGUGUUAGGAGUGGUUAGGCCGUGAAGGGGAUGAAGGUCCUUGCAGACCAGGCCUCAGUCAGCAGAGACCUCUCACCCUCCCAGCGCCUCCACGUGAGAACACAGUGUCUGUCCCCUCCGUAGGAUGCAGCAGAAAGGUACCACCUUGGAAGCUGAGCGCCCCCCUUGCCAGACACCAGACCUGCUGGCUCCUGAAUCUUGGACUUCAGCCUCCAGAAUGGGGAGAAAUAAGUUUCUGUUCUUUAAAAUUACUCCGUCUCAGGUAUUUUGUUACAGCAGCACAUGGGGACUGAGACUGGGUGUGCAGGUGGUGGGGGAGGGUGUGCAGGUGUGUUUUGAGGGUGUUUGCCUCAAUCUUUAGACAGCAUCAGGGCCACAAUACCUGCAGGUGUCGGGACGUUAAUUGCAGACCUUGGUGAAUAAAAGCCAGUUGUCUUGAGUUUGGCAAGAAAACCUUUGGAAGAGGCCUCACAAGCCACUCCAGGCUACAAGACGGGGCGUUUGUCCUGGGGGACCUGCCGUCACCUUAGUGGUCUAGCAGCACCAUCUCAGCCUCUCUGGCCAGAGCAGCUGCCCCGCAGGGGCCCCCAAGUCCUGGAGAGCUAUGUCAGACAAGAUGUCCAUGGGCAGCAGACCUCUGGCCACUGCAGGCUCCAGGCACCAGAGUGAGACCCAGCAGGCUUCAGCCGGCAAGAGGGCCCCUGACUGUGGACGACUCCCUCACGGUGGUGGUCUUGGAGGGACCCCUGCUAACAGAAAGGGUGCAUCCCUGUCCACCUUCCCGUCCUCACCCCCAAAGUCAGCGUCAGCAGCUGGCCCGCGUCAGAGGCAUUCAGAUAGGAGUCCUUGGGGACCCCCCCCCAACUGACAGGAACUGGAAAUGCCUUGAGUGCUGAGGGAGGAGGGCUGCAGGGACAGGAGGGAGGAUGCCCUUAAACACACUUGCUGGCCCUUCUCAGGAGAAACCCUUCCUUGGCAUGGGUCAUGGUGAAGCUGUGCCCCGAGUUAAGCCAGUGACCGAAUUCCUGAGCUCAGAGGAUGGCCAGUGAAACAACUUGCUAAAAUGCUGAGACUCCCUCCACUCGUGAGACUACGAAAAAAUGUGCUGAAGUCAGUUAGAGCCACGGUGGCCAAAGUCUUUGCUCAGAACCAGCUGCGCAGUUUGCUGACCUAAACCGGAUCAAGCCACCUUGUCUUGGAAAUGGACCACUGCGUGCAUUAUUUCACCUCCACCCGAGUCCAUCUCACGCUUUCCUCCCUCCUCAUGCCCCCUUGUCCCCUCAUCCUCCCAACUGCCAUGGCUUUGUGAGGCGCCCUGGGUUCCGUGGCUACCGUGUCAACCAGGGCAGCCCACCCACUUCUCACUUUGGUCUGGAGUCAGCGAGAGCGACGCUGCUUUUCUCUUGCUCUUCAGCCUGGACCUGUGAUGUGAUAGGCGUGAGAAGGAACUGUGGGUUCUGGCGGUAAGGAAAGUGGGGCCUUACUUUCCCAUGUUCCCAAAAGGCAGAUGCAAUCCCUGCACUCCCGAAGGAGUCAAGCAGUAAAGGCAACACAGCAAGACUGUCCGGGACUCAGGCUGUGAGGAUUUGUCUCAUGAGGGGCCUCAGAAAAGGCCGUUUCCACUGUGGGGAGUAGAGGAAUGGAAGGUUUCACCAGGGUGGGGUGGCUUCCAGAGGGUCCCCAUGGAAAAAGCGUGGCUGAGCAGGCCCAGAGGGGGACGAGGACACGUUUGGGGGGCUGGAGGAGAGUGAGGAUAUGCUCAGGGGUGCCAGAGUCUCAUAAGGGCAGGGACGGUGAGGACAGACUCAGGGACCACAGUGUCAUAAAGGCAGGACAGGGACGAAGAGGACAGACCUGUGGGACCAUGGUGUCAUAAAGACAGGAUGGGGACUCGGACCAGGAUAGAUUCAGGGACCACGGUGUCAUAAAGACAGGACGGGGACCUGGACAGACUCGGGGGACCACGGUGUCAUAAAGACAGGAUGGGGACCAGGACAGACUCUAGGGGCCUGGUGUCAUAAAGACAGGGUUGGGACCUGGACAGACUCUAGGGGCCUGGUGUCAUAAAGACAGGACGGGGACCGGGACAGACUCUAGGGACCUGGUGUCAUAAAGACAGGACAGGGACUGGGACAGACUCGGGGGACCACGGUGUCAUAAAGACAGGGAUGGGACCUGGACAGACUCUAGGGGCCUGGUGUCAUAAAGACAGGACAGGGACCGGGACAGACUCUAGGGGCCUGGUGUCAUAAAGACAGGAUGGGGACCAGGACAGACUCUGGGGAUCUGGUGUCAUAAAGACAGGGAUGGGACCAGGACAGACUCUGGGGGCCUGGUGUCAUAAAGACAGGCCUGGGACAGGACCGGGACCGACCCGGGGGACCACGGUGUCAUAAAGAUAGGACGGGGACCAGGACAGACUCUAGGGGCCUGGUGUCAUAAAGACAGGACGGGGACCUGGACAGACUCAGGGGACCACGGUGUCAUAAAGACAGGACGGGGACCAGGACAGACUCUAGGGGCCUGGUGUCAUAAAGACAGGAUGGGGACCUGGACAGACUCAGGGGACCACGGUGUCAUAAAGACAGGAUGGGGACUGGGACAGACUCGGGGGACCACGGUGUCAUAAAGACAGGACGGGGACCAGGACAGACUCUGGGGGCCUGGUGUCAUAAAGACAGGGAUGGGGCCAGGAUAGACUCUAGGGGCCUGGUGUCAUAAAGACAGGGAUGGGACCGGGACAGACUCUGGGGGCCUGGUGUCAUAAAGACAGGACGGGGACCAGGACAGACUCGGGGGACCACGGAGUCAUAAAGAUAGGAUGGGGACCAGGACAGACCCUAGGGGCCUGGUGUCAUAAAGACAGGGAUGGGACCGGGACAGACUCUGGGGGCCUGGUGUCGUAAAGACAGGACGGGGACCAGGACAGACUCGGGGGACCACGGAGUCAUAAAGAUAGGAUGGGGACCAGGACAGACUCUAGGGGCCUGGUGUCAUAAAGACAGGGAUGGGACCGGGACAGACUCUGGGGGCCUGGUGUCAUAAAGACAGGACAGGGACCAGGACAGACUCGGGGGACCACGGAGUCAUAAAGAUAGGACAGGGACCGGGACAGACUCUAGGGGCCUGGUGUCAUAUACACAGAUGGAAACAGGAAAGAUUGAGGAGGCCACGGCAUCUUAAAGACCUGAUAGGGUGGGAUGGGCACCUGUGGUCUCUGGGGUCUGUGGCAGGGGCUGGUUCUCAUGUGUGGUGGUGCAGAGAAGGAUGGAGUCCCAGUCUGAGAAGGGGGCUGUCUCCACAUCCACAGAUGGGGGCAGACAGGAGGCGCCUGGGGUCCACCACACAGGAUUGUGCUGCAGGCCCCGGUGCUGGGCAGCCAGUUCCCCGGGCAUCAGUCCGGUUGUCAUAACACAGGGGGGCCCAUCCAGCCUUAGUCGUGCUAAGGGGACCUGAACCCAACAUUACAAGUCUUCAGUGUCAUGACUCACAGAUGCUCCUUUCACUUGAAUUGUGUGUGGGAGUGUGUGUGCAUUGUGUGGUGUGUGUGGGAGUGUGAGCAUUGUGUGUUGUGUGUGGUAUUUUGUGGGGGUUGUAUGUGUGUGGUAUGUGGUGUGUGUGGUUUGUGUGCUGUGUGUGGUAUGCGGUGUGUAGUGCAAAUGGGUGUGCUCGGUGGUGUGUGGUUUGGUGUGUGUGUGGUGUGUGGUUUGGUGUAUGUGUGGUAUUUUGGGGGUGUGGUAUGUGUGCAGUAUGUGGUGUGAUGUUUGGUUUGUGUGGUGUGUGUGUGGUGUGCAGCGUGUAGUGCAAGUGUGUGUGCUCUGUGUGUGGUGUGUGGUUUGUGUGGUGUGCUGUGUGUGGUGUGUAUUCUGUGUGCGUGAUGUGUAUUGUGUGUAUUGUGUGGUCCCUGUGUGGUAUGUGGAGAGUGAUGCAUUUGUGGUUGGUGUCUGGUACUUGUCACGUGGUGCACGUGCAGUGUGUGGUGUGUUUGGUGUGUGUGUUUUGCUUCUGUUGCAUAUGUGUGGCGUGAGGUGUGUGCGUGUGGUUUGUGUGGUGUGUGGUGCAUGUGUGGUGUGCGUGGAGUUGUGUGGUGUGCGUGAUCUGUUUUGUGUGUUGUGUGGUGUGUGGGUGGUGUGUGUUGUGGAUUGUGUGGUCUCGUGUGUUUCGUGUUGUGUGGUGUGGUGUGUAAUCUGUAUGAUAUGUGUUGUGUGGUUUCUGUUUUGUGGUUUGUGUUGUGUGUCUGUGGUAUGUGUUGUGGGUGGUCUGUGUUGUAUGAUAUAUGUGGUAUGUAUUGUGUGGUGUGUGGCGUGUGGUGUAUGGUGUGUGUGGUGUCUUGUGUAUGUGUUGUGUUUUGUGUGUUGUGGUUUCUGUUUGGUGUGUGUUGUGUGGUUUAUGUGGUAUGCGGUGUGUGGUGUGUGGUCUGGUAUGUGGUGUGUGGUCAGUGUGGUCUGUGUUGUGUGGUGUGUGGUGUGUGUGGUACAUGGUCUGUGUGGUAUAUGGUGUGUGAUGUGGAUUGUGUGGUGUGGUAUAUGAACGUGCUUACAGGCCACGGUGGUAUCGAGGCUGAGCGUGGGCCUGAGGGGAAGGAGCUGUCCUGGAGUCUUCUCUGGCUGAUGUGACGUCCGUGUCCCCUGCUCGCUGUCCUCCAUGGGGUCCAUGCCCCUUGCUUGCUGUCCUCCGCGGGGUCUGUGCCCCUCGCUCACUGUCUGUCCUGUGUGGGGUCUGUCUCCCCGGCUCGCUGUCCUCUGUGGGGUCUAUCCCCACUGCUCACUGUCCUCUGGGGUCUGUGCCCCUCGCUUGCUGUCUGUCCUCUGUGGGGUCUGUGCCCCUCUCUCGCUGUCUGUCCUCUGUGGGGUCUGUGCCCCCCGGCUCGCUGUCCUCUGUGGGGUCUGUCCCCGCUGCUCACUGUCCUCUGUGGGGUCUGUCUCCCUGGCUCGCUGUCCUCCGUGGGGUCUGUCCCUGUGGCUCGCUGUCCUCUGUGGGGUCUGUCCCCACUGUUCACUGUCCUCUGUGGGGUCUGUCUCCCUGGCUCACUGUCCUCUGUGGGGUCUGUGCCCCUCACUCGCUGUCCUCUGUGGGGUCUGUGCCCCCUGGCUCGCUGUCCUCUGUGGGAUCUGUCUCCGCUGCUCACUCUCCUCUGUGGGGUCUGUCCCCCCGGCUGGCUGUCCUCUGUGGGGUCUGUGCCCCCCAGCUCACUGUCCUCGGUGGGGUCUGUCCCCGCUGCUCACUGUCCUCUGUGCGGUCUGUCCCCCCAGCUUGCUGUCCUCCAUAGGGUCUGUCCCCAUGGCUCGCUGUCCUCCGUGGGGUCUGUCCCCGUGGCUCGCUGUCCCCUGUGGGUUCUGUCCCCCUGGCUCGCUGUCCUCUGUGGGGUCUGUCCCCCUGGCUUGCUGUCCUCUGUGGGGUCUGUCCCCCUGGCUUGCUGUCCUCUGUGGGGUCUGUGACCCUCACUUGCUGUCCUCUGUGGGGUCUGUGUCCCCUGGCUCGUUGUCCUCUGUGGGGUCUGUCCCCGCUGCUCACUGUCCUCUGUGGGGUCUGUCCCCCCGGCUCACUGUCCUCCGUGGGGUCUGUCCCCCCGGCUGGCUGUCCUCUGUGGGGUCUGUGCCCCCCAGCUCACUGUCCUCGGUGGGGUCUGUCCCCGCUGCUCACUGUCCUCUGUGCGGUCUGUGCCCCCAGCUUGCUGUCUUCUGUGGGGUCUGUCCCCGCUGCUCACUGUCCUCUGUGGGGUCUGUGCCCCCUGGCUCGCUGUCCUCUGUGGGGUCUGUCUCCCCGGCUCGCUGUCCUCUGUGGGGUCUGUGCCCCCUGGCUCACUGUCCUCUGUGGGGUCUGUCUCCCUGGCUCGCUGUCCUCUGUGGGGUCUGUGCCCCCUGACUCGCUGUCCUCUGUGGGGUCUGUGUCCCCUGGCUCGCUGUCCUCUGUGGGAUCUGUCUCCCCGGCUCGCUGUCCUCCAUGGUGUCUCUCCCCCCGGCUCGCUGUCCUCUGUGGGGUCUGUCCCCGCUGCUCAAUGUCCUCUGUGGGGUCUGUCCCCGCUGCUCACUGUCCUCCGUGGGGUCUGUCUCCCCGGCUUUCUGUCCUCUGUAGGGUCUGUGUCCCCCGGCUCGCUGUCCUCCAUGGGGUCUGUCCCCGCGGCUUGCUGUCCUCCAUGGGGUCUGUCCCCGCGGCUCGCUGUCCUCUGUGGGGUCUGUCCCCGCUGCUCAAUGUCCUCUGUGGGGUCUGUCCCCGCUGCUCACUGUCCUCCGUGGGGUCUGUCUCCCCGGCUCUCUGUCCUCUGUAGGGUCUGUGUCCCCGCGGCUUGCUGUCCUCCGUGGGGUCUGUCCCCGCGGCUCGCUGUCCUCUGUGGGGUCUGUCCCCCUGGCUUGCUGUCCUCUGUGGGUUCUGUCCCCCUGGCUCACUGUCCUCUGUGGGGUCUGUCCCCCUGGCUCGCUGUCCUCCGUGGGGUCUGUGCCCCCCGGCUCACUGUCCUCGGUGGGGUCUAUCCCCACUGCUCACUGUCCUCUGGGCAGUCUGACCCCCUGGCUUGCUAUCCUCCAUGGGGUCUGUCCCCCCGGCUCGCUGUCCUCUGUGUGGUCUGUGCCCCCCGGCUCGCUGUCCUCUGUGGGGUCUGUCCCCGCUGCUCACUGUCCUCUGUGGGGUCUGUCUCCCUGGCUCGCUGUCCUCUGUGGGGUCUGUGCCCCCUGACUCGCUGUCCUCUGUGGGGUCUGUGUCCCCUGGCUCGCUGUCCUCUGUGGGAUCUGUCUCCCCGGCUCGCUGUCCUCUGUGGGGUCUGUCUCCCCGGCUCGCUGUCCUCUGUGGGGUCUGUGCCCCCUGGCUCACUGUCCUCUGUGGGGUCUGUCUCCCUGGCUCGCUGUCCUCUGUGGGGUCUGUGCCCCCUGACUCGCUGUCCUCUGUGGGGUCUGUGUCCCCUGGCUCGCUGUCCUCUGUGGGAUCUGUCUCCCCGGCUCGCUGUCCUCUGUGGGGUCUGUGCCCCCUGACUCGCUGUCCUCUGUGGGGUCUGUGUCCCCUGGCUCGCUGUCCUCUGUGGGAUCUGUCUCCCCGCCUCGCUGUCCUCCAUUGUGUCUCUCCCCCCGGCUCGCUGUCCUCUGUGGGGUCUGUCCCCGCUGCUCAAUGUCCUCUGUGGGGUCUGUCCCCGCUGCUCACUGUCCUCCGUGGGGUCUGUCUCCCCGGCUCUCUGUCCUCUGUAGGGUCUGUGUCCCCGCGGCUUGCUGUCCUCCGUGGGGUCUGUCCCCGCGGCUCGCUGUCCUCUGUGGGGUCUGUCCCCCUGGCUUGCUGUCCUCUGUGGGUUCUGUCCCCCUGGCUCACUGUCCUCUGUGGGGUCUGUCCCCCUGGCUCGCUGUCCUCCGUGGGGUCUGUGCCCCCCGGCUCACUGUCCUCGGUGGGGUCUAUCCCCACUGCUCACUGUCCUCUGGGCAGUCUGACCCCCUGGCUUGCUAUCCUCCAUGGGGUCUGUCCCCCCGGCUCGCUGUCCUCUGUGUGGUCUGUGCCCCCCGGCUCGCUGUCCUCUGUGUGGUCUGUGCCCCCCGGCUCACUGUCCUCUGUGGGGUCUGUCUCCCUGGCUCGCUGUCCUCUGUGGGGUCUGUGCCCCCUGACUCGCUGUCCUCUGUGGGGUCUGUGUCCCCUGGCUCGCUGUCCUCUGUGGGAUCUGUCUCCCCGGCUCGCUGUCCUCUGUGGGGUCUGUCUCCCCGGCUCGCUGUCCUCUGUGGGGUCUGUGCCCCCUGGCUCACUGUCCUCUGUGGGGUCUGUCUCCCUGGCUCGCUGUCCUCUGUGGGGUCUGUGCCCCCUGACUCGCUGUCCUCUGUGGGGUCUGUGUCCCCUGGCUCGCUGUCCUCUGUGGGAUCUGUCUCCCCGGCUCGCUGUCCUCUGUGGGGUCUGUGCCCCCUGACUCGCUGUCCUCUGUGGGGUCUGUGUCCCCUGGCUCGCUGUCCUCUGUGGGAUCUGUCUCCCCGCCUCGCUGUCCUCCAUUGUGUCUCUCCCCCCGGCUCGCUGUCCUCUGUGGGGUCUGUCCCCGCUGCUCAAUGUCCUCUGUGGGGUCUGUCCCCGCUGCUCACUGUCCUCCGUGGGGUCUGUCUCCCCGGCUCUCUGUCCUCUGUAGGGUCUGUGUCCCCGCGGCUUGCUGUCCUCCGUGGGGUCUGUCCCCGCGGCUCGCUGUCCUCUGUGGGGUCUGUCCCCCUGGCUUGCUGUCCUCUGUGGGUUCUGUCCCCCUGGCUCACUGUCCUCUGUGGGGUCUGUCCCCCUGGCUCGCUGUCCUCCGUGGGGUCUGUGCCCCCCGGCUCACUGUCCUCGGUGGGGUCUAUCCCCACUGCUCACUGUCCUCUGGGCAGUCUGACCCCCUGGCUUGCUAUCCUCCAUGGGGUCUGUCCCCCCGGCUCGCUGUCCUCUGUGUGGUCUGUGCCCCCCGGCUCGCUGUCCUCUGUGUGGUCUGUGCCCCCCGGCUCACUGUCCUCUGUGGGGUCUGUCUCCCUGGCUCGCUGUCCUCUGUGGGGUCUGUGCCCCCUGACUCGCUGUCCUCUGUGGGGUCUGUGUCCCCUGGCUCGCUGUCCUCUGUGGGAUCUGUCUCCCCGGCUCGCUGUCCUCUGUGGGGUCUGUCUCCCCGGCUCGCUGUCCUCUGUGGGGUCUGUGCCCCCUGGCUCACUGUCCUCUGUGGGGUCUGUCUCCCUGGCUCGCUGUCCUCUGUGGGGUCUGUGCCCCCUGACUCGCUGUCCUCUGUGGGGUCUGUGUCCCCUGGCUCGCUGUCCUCUGUGGGAUCUGUCUCCCCGGCUCGCUGUCCUCUGUGGGGUCUGUGCCCCCUGACUCGCUGUCCUCUGUGGGGUCUGUGUCCCCUGGCUCGCUGUCCUCUGUGGGAUCUGUCUCCCCGCCUCGCUGUCCUCCAUUGUGUCUCUCCCCCCGGCUCGCUGUCCUCUGUGGGGUCUGUCCCCGCUGCUCAAUGUCCUCUGUGGGGUCUGUCCCCGCUGCUCACUGUCCUCCGUGGGGUCUGUCUCCCCGGCUCUCUGUCCUCUGUAGGGUCUGUGUCCCCGCGGCUUGCUGUCCUCCGUGGGGUCUGUCCCCGCGGCUCGCUGUCCUCUGUGGGGUCUGUCCCCCUGGCUUGCUGUCCUCUGUGGGUUCUGUCCCCCUGGCUCACUGUCCUCUGUGGGGUCUGUCCCCCUGGCUCGCUGUCCUCCGUGGGGUCUGUGCCCCCCGGCUCACUGUCCUCGGUGGGGUCUAUCCCCACUGCUCACUGUCCUCUGGGCAGUCUGACCCCCUGGCUUGCUAUCCUCCAUGGGGUCUGUCCCCCCGGCUCGCUGUCCUCUGUGUGGUCUGUGCCCCCCGGCUCGCUGUCCUCUGUGGGGUCUGUCCCCGCUCCUCAUUGUCCUCCGUGGGGUCUGUGCCCCCCGGCUCGCUGUCCUUGGUGGGGUCUGUCCCGGCUGCUCACUGUCCUCUGUGCGGUCUGUCCCCCUGGCUUGCUGUCCUCCAUGGGAUCUGUGCCCCCCGGCUCGCUGUCCUCGGUGGGGUCUGUCCCGGCUGCUCACUGUCCUCUGUGCUGCUCACUGUCCUCUGUGGGGUCUGUCCCCCUGGCUUGCUGUCCUCCAUGGGAUCUGUCUCCCCAGCUCACUGUCCUCUGUGGGGUCUGUGACCCUGGCUCGCUGUCCUCUGUGGGAUCUGUGCCACUCGCUCGCUGUCCUCUGUGGGAUCUGUGACCCCUGGCUCACUGUUCUCUGUGGGAUCUGUCUCCCCGGCUCGCUGUCCUCCAUGGUGUCUCUCCCCCCGGCUCGCUGUCCUCUGUGGGGUCUGUCCCCGCUGCUCACUGUCCUCUGUGGGGUCUGUCCCAGCUGCUCACUGUCCUCCGUGGGGUCUGUCUCCCCGGCUCUCUGUCCUCUGUAGGGUCUGUGCCCCCCGGCUCACUGUCCUCUGUGGGGUCUGUCUCCCUGGCUCUCUGUCCUACAUGGGGUCUGUCCCCGUGGCUUGCUGUCCUCUGUGGGUUCUGUCCCCCUGGCUUGCUGUGCUCUGUGGGGUCUGUCCCCCUGGCUUACUGUCCUCUGUGGGGUCUGUCCCCGCUGCUCACUGUCCUCUGUGGGGUCUGUGCCCCCAGCUGGCUGUCCUCCGUGGGGUCUGUCCCCGCUGCUUGCUGUCCUCCGUGGGGUCUGUCCCCGCUGCUCGCUGUCCUCCGUGUGGUCUGUCCCCCCGGCUCGCUGUCCUCCGUGGGGUCUGUCCCCCUGGCUCACUGUCCUCUGUGGAGUCUGUACCCCCAGCUUACUGUCCUCUGUGGCGUCUGUCCCCGCUGCUCGUUGUCCUCUGUGGGGUCUGUCUCCCUGGCUUGCUCACAUUUUCACCAAUUUGGAUGUAUUUCUUUUUCUAAUUGUCCUUUCCAGCCCUUGGUGCACAGUUUCGACCUGAAGUCUUCAGUCUUCUCAAAGUUCUUCAGUGUUUUCUUUUUUCUCUCACAGACUCUCCACCUUUCUGUUCUGAAAUCCUAACAGAUGAACAUGUUGUCUCCAGGCUCAAGGCUCCAGGCCGCUGAGCGAUUCCCCUCUUCUCCUCUCUAAGAUCUGUGGUCCUUCCUGGAUUUGAUAUUCCAGGUUUUACCAAUGUGACUUUUGGCGACAUCAUUUCUGUUUGUUGGCACUUUCAUUUGGGUUUUGUUUUUAACUGGGAAUUGUGUUUUUAAUGUACAAGGUUGUCUUUCUAUGUUUCUAUUUCCUUCCUUGGCAACUUUGACUUUUCUUUCUUUUUUUUUUUUUUUUUUUUUGAGAUGGAGUCUCCCUCUCUUGCCCAGGCUGGAAUGCAGUGGUGCAAUCUUGGCUCACUGCAGCCUCGACCUCCCAGGUUCAAACGAUUCUCAUGCCUCAGUCUCCCGAGUAGCUGGGAUUAGAGGCAUGUGCCACCAUGCCCUGCUAAUCUUUGUAUUUUUAGUAGAGACAGGGUUUCACCAUGUUGCCCAGGCUGGUCUCGAACUCCUGACCUCAGGUGAUCGGCACGCCUCGGCUUCCCACGGUGCUGGGAUUACAGGCGUGAGCCCCCGCGCCCGGCCAAAGAACCAUGGUCCUGUUUCAUAACUGUGAGUCUCUCGGGUCUCCCAGAGACAUUCUUGUGUGACUCAAGCCCCAGGGUCCUGUGGCCCCGCAUCCGCCUGGUGUCACAUUUAGAGGACCAGGGAGGAGCCACCAAAGGCAGCGCAGAGCCACUGUAUCAUGGACGUUCACGACUGCAGGAACGAAGAAUUGUUAACUAUUUCUCAAUGUCUCUCUUCUCAAAGAAAUACAUUUAACAUCAACUGCGUUUUCUGAAGGUUUUUUUCCCAAAGAGACAACAAGGACUUUGAGCGAGGCAUAACGUGGCGAAGCUUCCUAACCCUCCUCUGUAGAGACCGCCCAGCCCCUCAAGAUCAACCCCCCACCCCGUAGCGGCCGUUGAGUGUCUUUCACUGCCCCUCUGUGACACCACGUCCCUCCCGCCCCUGCCGCCCUCCCCACCUGACUGGCCAGGAGCGGCCGCAGCGUGUUCAGAACCUCCUAGCCACUGUCCACCCGGGUAGAGACCCCAGCCCCGCGUGGCUGGACGGGCUUCCCUGUCCCGUGGAAGGGGAGACACACAGGACCCUGUGAAGUGAGCUCUCGUCCUGCUCCUCUGGGAAGCUCAGAGAAGCCUCUUGGGGAGGAUCUGGCAGGUUUCAGUGUUGCAGCAGUGAGUAACGGCUCACGAGCUCUUCAGGCAUUGCCUCAGUUUCUCACAGGCGCAGCCCUCUGCUCAGUGUGGCCUCUUUCUGACGUGGGUUUUCUUCUUGCACCUGGGAAGUCCUGGGUGAGCCUGUGUAUUCGUGAACGGGUUGUGGGACCUGUCGCUGUGUGGGGGCUGUCGAGCACUCCCCAGAACGUAAAAAAUCCUCAGGGGAACUGAUGGGCGGUCGCGCGGGCACCGGGGGCCUGGCCAGGUCCUCCACCCAGGGUCCUCCACACCGUGGAGAGCCAUUUUCCAUUGCCACUCGGCUCUGGCCGGGGUCAGAUUCUGCAGCAUGUCUGUUCAUUCCCCUGGGCAGGGCCCUGCACCCUCUGCGGGGAACAUGGCCCCAGGCAGUGCCGGGCCAUUGGCUGUCAGUGCUGGUCCUGGCGGCUGCAUUCCCAGUCCCCUUGGUCUCUGUGACAGUAGGCGGGGCCGGCCCUCCCAGGAUCUGACGGCGCAGGUCCUCCCCUUCUGUGUCCUGCAGAUGGACACCCGCUCCGGGAGCCAGUGUUCCGUCACCCCAGAAGCCAUACUCAACAAUGAAAAGCUGGUCUUGCCACCCCGCAUCUCCAGAGUGAACGGCUGGUCGUUACCCCUGCACUACUUCCAGGUGGUGACCUGGGCUGUCUUCGUGGGCCUUUCCUCGGCCACCUUCGGGAUCUUCAUUCCCCUCCUGCCUCCGGCAUGGAAAUACAUCGCCUACGUGGUGACCGGGGGGAUCUUCUCCUUCCACCUCGUCGUCCACCUGAUUGCCUCCUGCAUCGACCCGGCCGACUCCAAUGUCAGACUCAUGAAGAACUAUUCUCAGCCCAUGCCCCUCUUCGACAGAUCAAAACAUGCACAUGUGAUCCAGAAUCAGUUCUGCCACCUGUGCAAGGUCACCGUGCCUCAACACCCUUCCCCAGCCUCCCAUUCCCUGCUGGACGCCCUCUCCCCAGGCCGCACAGGGCUGGUUCCUCCGAGGCACCUGGCUUCCAGUGAUGGACCUCUGGCCCUGCCCCAACCUGCGCACUUGGGGCCUGACAGGCGUUCCCCGAUUCAUCCCUCCAGGAACAAGAAAACCAAACACUGCAUUUCCUGCAAUAAGUGCGUGUCUGGCUUCGACCACCACUGCAAAUGGAUCAACAACUGCGUGGGAAGCCGGAAUUAUUGGUUCUUCUUCAGCACUGUGGCCUCGGCCACAGCUGGCAUGCUCUGCCUGAUUGCCAUCCUGCUGUACGUCCUCGUCCAGUACCUCGUGAACCCCAGGGUGCUCCGCACGGACCCCAAGUAUGAAGAUGUCAAGAAUAUGAACACGUGGCUGCUGUUCCUCCCUCUGUUCCCGGUGCAGGUGCAGACCCUGAUAGUCGUGAUCAUCGGGAUGCUCGUGCUCCUGCUGGACUUUCUUGGCUUGGUGCACCUGGGCCAGCUGCUCAUCUUCCACAUCUACCUGAAGGCCAAGAAGAUGACCACCUUUGAGUAUCUAAUUAAUACCCGCAAAGAAGAGACUUCAAAACAUCAAGCAGUGAGGAAAGAUCCAUACUUGCAAAUGGACAAAGGAUUUCUCCAGCAAGGAGACGGUGCCCUGGGCUCAUCUGCACAGGGAGUCAAGGCCAAGAGCUCCCUGCUGAUUCACAAGCACUUAUGUCACUUCUGCACUUCAGUAAACCAGGAUGGGGAUUCGACGGCACGGGAAGCAGAUGAUGCCCCGAGUACAUCUACACCUGGGCUGCAACAAGAAACAACAGAGCCCAUGAAAACUGACAGUGCUGAAAGUGAAGACUGAGAUUCAGGAGCUGAGGUGCCCCUGUGAUCCAGGUCUUCCACCCUGAAACCCCAUCCUCCAUCAAGGUCCUGCCUGUAGAGUCUACCUUGCAAAGCCUCCUGUUCCUACCCAUGCUACAGGCCAGGAACCAGAGCCCAUCAUCUCAGAGGCCCCUGGAUGUCCUUUGAAGGAACCAGGACCCUCAGAGCCCAGCAUCCAUCUCUGUCAUCAUCUUCAUCACACCCAAAGAAGAGCCAGCCUUGCAGGAGGGUUUACAUCUCCAGGAUGAUGGGCUGCCAGCAGCUGCAGAGGAUGCAGCCACCUGCUUAACUGUGCUGUCCAGCCAGCCAGCCAGCUGCAGGGCCUCUUGCUGCUUAAGAGCUGAUGGGCUGGGCGUGUUGGCUCACACCUGUGAGCACAGUACUGAGAAAUGGGAGCACAGUACUGGGAAAUGGGAGCACAGUACUAGGAAAUGGGGGCUCACAGCACUGCAAAAUGGGAGCACAGUAUUGGGAAAUGGGAGCACAGUACUGGGAAAUGGGAGCACAGUACUGGGAAGUGGGAGCACAGUACUGAGAAGUGGGAGCACAGUACUGGGAAAUGGGAGAACAGUACUGUGAAAUGGGAGCACAGUACUGUGAAAUGGGCAUACGGUACUGAGAAAUGGGAGCACACAGUACUGGGAAAUGGGAGCAUAGUACUGGGAAAUGGGAGCCCACAGUACUGGGAAACGGGAGCUCACAGUACUGGGAAAUAGGAGCACAGUACUGGGAAAUGGGAGCAUAGUACUGGGAAAUGGGAGCACAGUACUGGGAAAUGGGAGGAUAGUACUGGGAAACCCCAGACCUGGAUUCUGAGUUUUUCAGCCUAGCCCAGACUUCUUAUCUUAGUAGACAAAAAGAGUCAAUACCAGAGAAGCAGAGGCAUCCUCUGUAUUUUAAUGAACUCUGCAUUUUAGUCUGUUUAGUAGUCAUAUUUUAAAAGAUAAUCAGUUUUCCACAUAUAUCUAUAAGUUACUACGUGCAUUGGGCUGUUUUUGUGUUUCUGUAAAGAAAUACCUGAGGCUGGGUAAUUUAUUUAAAAACAUAGGUUAAACUGGCUCACAGUUGUGCAGGCUGUACAGGAAGCAUGGUGCUGGCAUCUGCUUGGCUUCCGGUGAGGCCUCAGGAAGCUUCCGUCAUGGCUGAAGGUGGGGUGAGAGCCAACACAUCAUGUAGUGAGAGCAGGAGCAAGAGAGAGUGGUGGGGUUGAGGGACGCCAACAUCUUUAAAUGACCAGAUUUCAAGUGAACUACCAGAGCAAGGACUCACUCAUCACCAAGGGGAUGGCACUAGACUAUUUAUGAGGAACCUGCUCCCAUGAUUCAAACACCUCCCACCAGGCCCCACCUCCAACACUGGGGACUACAUCUCAACAUGGGAUUUGGAGGGGACAAACCUCCAAGCUAUAUCAUUCCAUCCCUGGUCCCUCAAAUCUCAUGUCCAGCUCACCUUGCAACAUAUAAUCAUCCCUUCUCAAUAGUCCCUGAAAGUCUAAACUCAUUCCAGGAUCAACUCAAUCAAAAAUGCCAAGUCCAAAGUCUCAUCUGGAGAUGAGUUCCUUUCACCUACGAGCCUGUGAGAUCAAAAACAAGUGAUUUACUUCCCAGAUACAAUGGAUACAAUGAUGGUACAGGCACUGGGUAAACAUACCUAUUCCAAAAGGAAGAAAUUGGCCAAAAGAAAGAGGCUACAGGCCCCAAGGAAGUCUGAAACUCAGCAGGGCAGACAUUAAACCUUAAAGUUCCAAAAUAAUCUCCUCUGACUCCGUGAGGCACACUGGUGUGAGGCGUGGGCUCCCAGGGCUUUGUACAACUCCACCCCUGUGGCUUUGCAGGUUGUAGCCCCUGCAGCCAAUCUCCUGGGUUAGAGUUGAGUACUUGUGGCUUUUCCAGGCUGAGGUUGCAAGCUGCCAGUAGAUCAAACAUUCUGGGGUCUGGAGGGCAGAAGCCCUCUGCCGACAGCUCCACUAGGUAGUGCCCUGGUGGGGAGUCUGUGUGGGGCUCCAACCCUACAUCUCCUCUCAGCAUUGCCCUCAUAGGGUAUCUCUGUGAGGGCUCUGCUGCUGCAGCAGGCUUCUGCCUGGGCACCCAGGUUUUCCCACACAUCCUCUGUAAUCUAGGGGGAAGCUGCCAAUGCCCCUUCACUCUUGUGUUCUGUGUUCCUGCAGAUUUCACACCACUUGGGAGCCAGCAAGGCUUACCCUCUAGAGCAGCAGUCCACACUGUACCUGGAGACUGUUGAACCACCACUGUAGCUGAAGAAGUUGGGAUACAGGGACCAGUGUCCCGAGGCUGCACAGGGCAUCAGGGUCCUAGUCCUGGCCCAUUAAGCCAUUCUUUUCUCCUAGGCCUCUGGGCCUGUGAUGGGAGGGGCUGCUGUGAAGAUCUUUGAAAUGUCUUCAAGGUCUUUUUCCCAUUGUCUUGGAUAUUAGCACUUGGCUCCCUUUUAGCCACGCAAAUCUCUCUAGUAAGUGGUUGUUCUGCAGCCUGUUUGGAUUCCUCUCCUGAAAACAUUUUUUUCUUUGUCUACCAUGUGGCUAAGCUGCAAAUUUUCCAAACUUUUACAGCCUGCUUCCUUUUAGUAUAAAUUCCAACUUUAAGUCAUUCAUUUGCUCCCCUAUCUGAUGAUAGGUUGUUGGAAGCAGCCAUGCCACCUCUUGAAUGUUUAGCUGCUUAGAAAUAUCUUCUGCCAGAUACCCUAGGUUAUGAUUCUUAAGUUCAAACUUCCACAGAUCACUAGGACACAAAUAUAAUGUAGCCAAGCUCUUUGCCAAGGCACACAAGGGUGACCUUUGCUCCAGUUCCCAAUAACUUCCUCAUUUCCAUCUGAGAUCUUGUCAGCCUGGCCUUCAUUAUCCAUAUUUCUAUCUGCAUUUUGGUUCCAACCACUUAUUAAGUCACUAAGUUCCAAACUUUCUCUCAUCUUUCUGUCUUCUUCUGAGCCCUCUAAAGUCUUCCAACCUCUGCUCAUUACCCAGUUCCAAAGCUGCUACCACAGUUUCAGGUAUCUUUAUAGCAAUGUCCUGCUCCUCAGUGCCAAUUUUCUGAAUGAACCCAUUUUUGCAUUGCUAUAAAGAAAUACCUGAACCUGGUAAUUUCUGACAAAAGGCCUGAAUCCACAGGUAUAUGAGGAGUAAUUCAUGACAAGCUGCACAAAUAAAAAUAAGAAAUCCAGGCCUAAAUACAUUGUAGGGUAAGGUGGAACACAAAAGAAAAUGUAACUUUAAAAAGCAGAAAGAAACAACAAAUCAUCCACAGAAGAAAUGCAGUUAGACAGCAGAUGUAUUAAUCAUAAGAACAGUAGCUAGGUAAAUAAUACAAAGUGUGACAAAAAAAAAAAAAACAACUUUUGAUCUGGAAUUAUGUACCCAGCAACACUAUCUUUAGGAAAAAGAGCAAAUUAAUCACAUCUUCAGAUAAAUCAAAGCCAAGUUUACCACCAACAAUCCUACACUAAUGGGACUUCAAAAAAGAUGUAUUUAUUGAGGGAAAAUGCAUAAAGCAAACACAGAGCCCACAGGGAAUAAUUUUUUAAAAUUCACUAUGACUUGUGGAAGUUUUCAAUGCAACUCUCAAUUACUGUUAGGUCAAUCAUAUUUUUAAAAUAAUAAAAACAUAGAUUUGGACAACACCAUUAACAGGCUUGAAUUAUGGGAUAUCUGUGGAACUGGAAGCUCAUUUAUUAAUAGAAAAUGUGCAUUCUCCUUAGGCACACAAGGAAUAUUGCCCAAAACACUGCUUACUAGCCUCAACAAGUUUUAAAUAACUUCUACAGGAUGGACAAGUGUUCCCCUUUACAUACUUUGUCUGACAAUUUUUCCUGUCUGCUUUUAAAAUUUCUAUUUAUCACUGGGAUUGAGCGAUUUGAUUAUAAUGAGACAUGAUGUAAUUUUCUUCAAUGGUACUUGUGCUUGAGGUACACUGAACUUCUUGCAUCUGUAGGUUAAUAGUUUGCAUCGAAUUUGGAAAAAAAAAUGUUGUCAUUAUUUUUCCAAACAUCUUUUUUAAUGCACUACCCUCAUUCCUCAUGUUUUCUUCUCUCCUUCAGGGACUUCAAUUAAACAUAUAUUAAGCCACUUGAAGUUGUCCCACAGAUCACAGAUAAUUUGGCUUAAAUUUUUUUAAAUCCUCUUUGCUUUUGGUUUCAUUUUGGAUAGUUUAUAUUGCCAUGGUUUCACAAUGAAUAAUCUUUUCUUCUUUAAUAUCUAAUCUGCCAUUAAUCCCAUGCAGUGCAGUUCUCAUUUUACACAUUGUAGCUUUCACUUCUGGAACAGUGAUCCAGAGUGUUGUUAUAUCUUCCGUGCCUCAAAUUAGCUUUUACAAUAUGUGGAAUAUAGUUUUGAUAUUGUUUAAUGCCCUUGUGUCUGUUCUGGAUCAGUUUUAAUAGACUCAUUUGCCUCCUUAUGGCUCCUAUUUUCCCACUUGUUUGUGUGCCUAAUAUUUCUGAUUGGAUGUCAAAAAUUGUUGCCUUCUCUGGUGUUGGAUAUUUCUGUAGUCCUAUAAAUAUUCCUGAGGAUUUCACAGAACUGACAAAAGACAUGAAUCCACAGGUAUAUGAAGAGUUGAUUUAUGAUGAGCUGCAUAAAUAAAAAGAAGAAAUCCA